CCGUCAUUCUAUAGUUACCAUUUCUAGUGAUAUCAUGAAUCGAUGGGGAAAGUUAUUAUGUCACUAUUUGUUACAUUAGAAACAUUAGAUUUUUUUACAAUGUUUAGUUAGUGGAAAACUUCUGAUUAUUAAAAUUUAUUAAUCAGAAGCUAAAAAUGUAACUAGGAAUUGUUGGUACAAUAGAAUAAUUAAACAAUUAUUUUUUACUAUAUGUUAACCCUACACUUUCAUCAAACAUAACCUAGAGCAAUGUCAAGCUUGUCAAUACUAGUUUUCAUAUCUAUAGCAUGAACACUUGUCGCAAAAUGUGGGAAUGAUUAUGUGUCACUUUUAAUGAAAAUAAAAUUAACGAUUAGAGUUUAAUUAUUUUAAUGCAAUUUGAUGGGUCAAAUCGAAAUGGCCCCACUCACGGAUUUACUUUCCUGUAGCAUAAUCGAAAAGGAUUCCAAUGGCGAUGUGUUAUGGACAUGGUCUUAUCCAUUCAUUUCAGAAUUACAAAAGGCAGUUGUUGAUAGGAAAUGUAACUUAGACUCUGAACAUAAUUCUUCACAAGUAUUUGUAUUUUCAAGGCAUAAACAUGAUUGGUUCUAUAUACAUUCCAGUGAAGUAUUUGAUUCAGAUAAAUUACCAAAAGUGAAACAAUUUGCUUUGGUUUUAUUUGCAAAGGACUUUAAUCCACGAAAAUAUGAAGUUCUUUCGCGAGUUCUUAGCAAAAUGUAUUGUAAGACUGGAAAACCAACAGAAAUUUUACAAUUAUAUCUUUCUGUAUUUACAAAAGGAUCUUGUUCUACUCAGGAAAAUGGAACAUUUGUCUCAGAUGACUUCAAUAGUCAUCGUUUUGCAAUAAAUACUAAUAUUAGAGAAUUAAUUAAAGCAUUUGAACUAGAAACUAUAUUAAUAUAUACAGCUCUGCUUUUAAAAAAAAGAAUAGUAGUUUAUCAUCACAGUUUAGAACAACUAUUAAAAUGGAUUGGACUAUUUCCUGCAUUGAUGAAACAUCGUAAAGUUAGUGAUAAUUUAUUUCCUUGGAUUGAUUUGGUUGAUGAUGAAGUAGCCGAAUUAAAGAGACAUUCUCAUUAUGUUGCGGGCUGCAGAAAUAGUUCAAUAUCAUCAAGAACAGAUCUUUUUGAUCUACUUGUAAACAUUCCAGCUAGAGAAAUUACAGUUGCUUCACAUGCAAAGGAAAGUCUUACAAUGACAAAAACACAUAAAGAAAUAGCUCUCUUCAUGGUUCAGUUAUGUGAAAAUCAAACCUACACUGAAGCCCAAAUAAUAUCUGAGAUUAAUGAUAAAACUCAAGAUUUGCUGAAUCAGCUAACAUCAUUAGCUGUAGUUCAAGGACCUGAUGGAAGGAAGAUGGUUUCUGCACAAACAUUAAAGGAAAAGAAUUUACCACCAGCUGUAGAAAAUUUUCUAAUUAAUCUGGCUGUUGUAGAAAAUUUAUUUCUAUUAUAACGUAAUAUAUAAUUUUGUAAAUAAAUUUAUUCACUCGAAAUACUCCAGUAUUGUAUAUACGGUAGAUCUAAAGGAAUUGUAUAUAAGAAGAUAAGGGACAUUUUGAAACAAGAAAAUUUAAUAAAGGGUAUUAUAAGCACUGAUCCAUUUUUGUAUAGAAGAUAUUAUUUCU